CAUGAAAACGACGCAGUUGAUUAGCACCUAAAUGCCGUAUAAACGGACGCCUAUACCUGAGUAUUUUUAAAAUAUUGAUGAGCUUCUGUACCAUAUUUUAGAACAUUGUUUUUCUUUAAAUUUAUUUAUGCUAUAUUCUUUAUAUUUCAUUGCCAUGUGUCACGUGAUUUGUUUUCUUCGUUUCUUGACAAAAUUUAAAAAGUUGCUAAAUUUGUCUGAAAUUUAAAAAGUUUUAUCAAUUGAUGAUUUAUUCGUUGAUGAAGUUUUGCCCGAUAAGCUACAAAAUUAGUUACAUGGUUCAAAUAUUUGAAAGUUAUUUAUUUGGUAUACAUGCAUGUGUCUAAUUCGUCGUACUGAACACAAAUGUUUGAGUAAUUAAACGAUUGCAAACUUAUUAUACACAUAUGAUACCAAAUCGAUAUUCAAGUCUCCCAUGCAUACCUUCUUAAAUAUGUCAAUUCUGUUCAGAAUUUAAAGAAAGUACUAAAAGGUUAAAGCAUUGCAUCGAAUCAAGUAAUUAACUUCCAUACGGUUCCUCGAGAUCAAGUCGCUAACUCUGUCCCCUAGACCAAUCAUUAAUGGUUAAUAUGAUUUUAUAUAAGAAAAAAAAAUACUAAUGUUAUUUGUUUUUCUUAAUUUUUGUACAAAUCAUUGAAUAAGAUGUCAAAAAAACAUUAAAGAAUAAGUUUUGUUAGAAUCAGAAACAAUGACAUAUUUCCUAGACCAUGAUUAAUACAUGUUUCUUUCAAAAAAUCUCUUCUCUUAGCUUUUAACUAAAAAAACUGAGAAGCGUCUCUGUUUUUGUGUUUAAUUGUCUAUAUCAAAUAAAUUGAUGGAAACGCGUGCUUGGCACACAUUAAAAGCCACACUAAAUGAAAAAUGCACUUUUUUUUCUUUAACCAUUAUUUUUUAUUAGAUUUUUCUAGUAAUAUUUUUAACCAUACAUCUUUUUAUGCGUUUAAUAAAUAUUUUAGUAUAAAAUAUUAUGAAUAUUAUGUGAUCUACAUUAUAAAAUUUUUGAGAUUUUCUGUUUUCUAAUAAUUAAUUGUUCACCAAAUUAUAUUUGUUUCCAUAUUCAUAUAUAAAAGAUCUAUUAUUUAUAAAAUAAAAACACACCAAUAUUUUAUUCGUUCUUUUUGUUUUCACAAUAAUUUCAUACUUAAAAUUUUAAUUUAAAAUGUAUAAAUCAUAUUUAUUAAUUAUAUUUUAAAAGAAAUAAUUUACGGCGUCCAAUAGACUUAAAAAAAAUAUAACUCCAUAUCCAAAACUCUAGCCGCCGCUAGGAGAGAAAAAGAAGAAAACUCCAUAGCCUCCGAUCUCCAUCCGUGGCGGGCCGUGCUCCUCACCGCCACUACGUGAAGGAGGAUCUCCUCUCCCUCUUUAGUUUAGUCUAGUGUUCUUUUGGUGUUUCUUAGCAUCCUUCGAGAUUGAGAUCUAGCGUUGAUAAGUUUGUAGGAUUGUGGAGUCUUUUGGGGUUGAAUCAGUACUUGUGUUCUUUGGGUAUUUGACGAUUGGACUGUGUUCCAGCUCUCUUGCUUGUUUCAGCUAAGGCUUUGGUUACGAGAGUUAGGUUCAGUGAUGAGUCUGGUGCCAUAUGUCAGGUCGAGGACCUGUUGACGGUGUGGUGUAGCUGCUGGGAGCAAUGCAGGGGCUUUCGCUGACUUCGUUUCUGAACUUUCUUCAACUCUAGUUCUUUUGCUGCUCAUGUUUCUGCAGAGAGUUUACUUCUCGGUGAGUCGUUGUGUCGAUGGGGUGUUUCAGUGUGCGCCUUCAGGUGCCUUUAUCCCGAGAUUGGAUUCAUGUUUCAUGUGUUGGUUUUUCAGUUGGUGCUUUCAAGUUUGUGCAUUUCUCUAAUUUGUUCUGGUUUGGUGUGGAGUUAUAUGUUCCUUUGAAUUUUUUUCUGCAACGGUGAAGCGUCCCGAGGAUCCUUAGUUUGCUAUUGGCUUCUCUCCAGUGAAAACGUCUAAAUUGAGGUGUAUUGUUCCUCGCUCUGCUGUGUGGUCUGGCGGAUGGGCAUGUGUCUGUGGUUUGGUUUGGUUGUCAAGCUUUUCAUGUGUUGGUGGUAUGUCUUCAUUGGAGGCCUAUCCUCGCUUCGUCUGGCUGUCUCUUUGUAAGCUUCCGGUGGUUAGAAGUUUCACGGCUACUAUCUCUUCUCUCUCUUUAUCGAACUUUCAGUAUCUUGGGGAUUUAAGUUUUGAAUUUCAACUUGUUUCAGUUGGUUAGGUGCCAUGUGGGUGGGUUUUAGUUUUCCUUCUUAUGGAAUUUAGUUUCCCUUCUUAUGGGAUUUAGUUGCUAGAGAUUUCUUAUUUUACGUCUAGUUUAUUUUAUGUAUCAAACUUUGUAUUACAUCUUGUUUUCCUAAUAUAAUCCAAUUUAACUGAAAAAAAGAAAAGAAAUAAUUUACGGCUAAAAAGUCUAUAUCUAAAAUUCUACAGCUAGCGCAUAAAAGUUGACCAUUUAGCCAUUUACAACAAAUAAUUUUAGAGCCACAGCUGUAACAAUCAACCUCUCAUGAUCUCAUUUUAGGAAAAUCUUCAUUGGUUGUGGAUAACAUAAUCUCACGUUGAUGAACGAAAGAGGAAGGAAGGAAUACACAGCUCAUCUCAUUUGGCAACAUACACUAAUUUUUUUUUUUUUUCACUGAAAUUUUAUUAAUAGAUCAUGGACCAAGUCCGACACAAACAGACAAAGGCUCAACCAACAGAGUAAAAAAAAACACGGGCCUAAAGUCCAAGAUAAAUCCCUUUGAAGAAGACGCUUACUCAUUUCACCACGUGUAACGACGCCUGGCGUUUUGAGACACACGUCGAGAAAAAGACAAAUCACCUUCCACCGACGAUAAAGAAGAAAACUCGACGGAAACUUCGCCGUCGACAGAGCUAAACCGAUGAACAUAUAUACACUAAUCUAAUUACCAAGUUUUUUUUAAUCAAUUAAAUAGUGGAAUUAUAAAACACGUUUAAAAAUAGCGGCAACUCUUUCUCCGCCGCUACUGCUUCUACCUCUCUCUCUCUUUCUCUCAGCCGUCGCGACACACUCUCUCUCUCUCUGAUGGCGGCGACUCAACUUCACAUAUCCCCAAAUCCUAAAACCCCAACGCCGUCUCCCCAAACCCCUCCUCCUCCCUGGUUCUCUCCCGACACCGGAAUCUACACCAGCAAACACCCCUCCGUCCACCUCCCCGUCGACCCUCAUCUCGACGCCGCCUCCGCCCUCUUCUCUCACCUACACACCGUCGACGAUCCUUCUUCCGCCGCCUUCGUCGAUUCCUUAACCGGAUUCUCGAUAUCAUACUCCGAGCUCCAGGUCAUGGUCGAAUCAAUCGCCGCCGCGAUUCAUCGCGACUUCGGCGUCCGACAAGGCGACGUCGUUUCGCUCGUCCUCCCUAACUCCCUCUACUUCCCGCUCCUUUUCCUCUCGCUGAUCUCCUUGGGGACCGUUGUUACAACCAUGAACCCUUCGAGCAGCUUGGGAGAGAUCAAGAAGCAAGUUCGCGAGUGUAACGUCGCGUUAGCGUUUACUUCUCGCGAAAGCGUCGACAAGUUGGCUUCUUUAGGGGUUGUGGUGAUAAGGGUUCCCGAAAGUUACGAUCUUGAUUCGGUUCGAGUCGAGAAUCCGACGUUUUACUCAAUCAUCAAAGGAGGUUUGGGAAGUGUACCGAAGAAGCCUUUGGUUAAGCAAGACGAUGUAGCUGCGAUUAUGUAUUCGUCUGGGACAACGGGAGCUAGUAAAGGAGUUAUGUUAACUCAUAGGAAUCUCAUUGCGUCAAUGGAGCUUUUUGUGAGAUUCGAAGCUUCUCAGUAUGAGUAUCCAGGCGCGAGUAAUGUUUAUCUAGCGGCGUUGCCUUUGUGUCAUAUCUAUGGUUUAUCACUCUUUGUGAUGGGACUGUUGUCUGUUGGAUCGACCAUUGUUGUUAUGAGGAGGUUCGAUGUUUCUGAUGUUGUUGAUGUGAUCGAGAGGUUUAAGGUCACGCAUUUCCCUGUUGUCCCUCCGAUGUUGAUGGCGUUGACGAAGAAGGCGAAGGGAGUUUGUGGGGAAGCGUUUAGAAGCUUGAAGCAGGUUUCUUCUGGAGCAGCUCCUUUGAGCAGGAAGUUUAUUGAGGAUUUCGUUGGGACUCUUCCUCAUGUUGAUUUGAUUCAGGGAUAUGGAAUGACUGAAUCAACCGCAGUUGGUACACGAGGGUUCAACACGCAAAAGCUUAGGAAGUAUUCUUCGGUGGGACUACUUGCUCCAAAUAUGCAGGCUAGGGUAGUAGAUUGGAGCUCUGGCUCUUUCCUUCCACCAGGAAACCGAGGAGAGCUCUGGAUACAAGGUCCCGGAGUCAUGAAAGGAUACUUGAAUAACCCAGAAGCAACUGAGAUGACAAUUGUUGAAAAAAGUUGGCUACGUACUGGGGACAUUGCUUAUUUUGAUGAAGAUGGUUACCUGUUUAUUGUUGACCGUAUGAAGGAGAUUAUCAAGUACAAAGGUUUUCAGAUAGCACCAGCAGAUUUGGAGGCUGUUCUUGUUUCACAUCCUUUGAUUAUCGAUGCUGCAGUAACAGCUGCUCCAAAUGAAGAGUGUGGAGAGAUUCCGGUAGCAUUCGUUGUGCGGAGACAAGAAACAACACUUUCAGAACAAGAUGUAAUAAGCUAUGUAGCUGCUCAGGUUGCGCCGUACAGGAAGGUGAGGAAAGUGGUGAUGGUUAGCUCAAUACCAAAGUCUCCAACAGGGAAGAUAUUGAGAAAGGAACUAAAGAGAAUAUUGACAAACUGUGUUUCUUCAAGACUAUGAUUCAAGUUUCAUCUUUUUGGGUAAUAGUAAUAACAUACAGAGAGAGAGAGAUCCACACUUGUGUAGCAAUUCAAUUCGAUUCUUUAUUGGUUUUGUAAAAAAGACUAAGCAUAAAGAUGUGUGUUUGUAGUAUCUGAUUCUUGAUGAAUAAGAUUUGAGCAAUAGAGUUGUUGUAUUCAGAGA